AUGAUUGCACCUGAAGAAUUCACUGCAAUAGAUGAAAUAAUAAUACCAUUCAAAGGCAGAAGUGUAAUGAAACAAUACAACAAAUCAAAACCCCAUAAAUGGGGAAUUAAGAUGUUUGCAUUGGCUUCUAAGUCAGGUAUCAUUCAUGAUUUUGAGAUUUAUGUGGGAAAAUCAACAAUAAAAUCUUCUACUAAAAUGAGUCUGAGUGGUGACAUUGUAAUUCGAUUGUCUGAUAUUUUACCAAAACAUAAAAAUUAUAAACUAAGUUUUGAUAAUUGGUUUACAUCUUAUAAUUUAAUAUUACAUUUAAAAAGUUUAGGCAUUUUAUCUGUAGGCACUGUUCGAUCAAAUAGAAUAGCAGGAUGCCAAUUUGAAAAUGACAAAGAUCUCAAAAAAGCAGGAAGAGGGACAUAUGAUACAAGAAUUGAUACAUCUCAUGGUAUUAUAGGCUGUAAGUGGUAUGAUAAUAAAAGUGUAUACUUGAUAUCAAAUUACAUUGGUACAGAACCUACAGAUCCUGUAUUACGUUGGUCAGCAUCAGAAAAGGCACAAAUUCCUGUAACAAGGCCAGCAAUGGUAAGAGAGUACAACUCAUUUAUGGGGGGAAUAGAUUUACACGAUAUGCUUGUAGAGAUUUACCGAUUACUUAGCUCUGGAAAAGGCAAAUUAAAAAGAGCUAAGCCUAAUCUUCAGACCCCACCAUCUCGAAGAAAAUAUACUAAUACACCAGUUCUAGAUGUAAGGUUUGAUAAAUAUGAACACUGGCCGGAAUAUGUACAAAACAAAAAAAGAUGCAAGUACUGUCCAUCAAAUCCAUAUUCCAGAACUCAAUGUGCCAAAUGUGAAGUAGCUUUAUGUUACAACAAUGACGCGGCCCCGCGCAAACACCGUUUGAAUUCGAACGGCAUUUGCGUGAAUAGCCUCGCCGGAAGCCCUCUCUCAACCACAAGUUGA